AUGGAGGAGCUACGCCUGAACCUAAUGACUUCCAAUGAAGGAGAGGAGAUCUAUAUCGAGCCGGCGGAUCCAGUGGAGACUUUCCUCGACUCCCCUAACACUUAUAUGCAACAGUUCAAUGAAUUGGAUCACCUGCAAGGCUCGGUCGAGUCGAAAGAAUCGAGUUUUCAGUGGGCCAAGGACCUGAUGAAACGCGGCAAGGCUUGGUACAAGAGCUUGAGCCCCGAGGAGAAGCGGAAACUUAAAGAGAAGCUGAAAGUGGCCGGGAAGUAUCUUAAAGAAUACCAUCUAGUCCACGCCACACUACCCCUCGUUUCCGUGACACUCCGCCAAGGCAAACGACGAGUCGUAGUCGCCAUACGACACGUCAUCGCGAGACGCAACGCGAACGCACGACUCAGCGUCAUCGGG